UAUUCAGUAUCUUAAUGUAUAGAUACAAACAAACAGAAAAAUAUUGAAAGAGAAAACUAAUUAAAAUUUUUGUUUAUUAAAAAUGUCUAAACAAAAAAUAUUAAUGUUAUUUCUAAAUAUAUUAUUUAUAAAUAUAUUUUACAUUAAUGCACUUAACUUGAGCAACCUAACAAAAAUUGAGACUUUAUUAGCAAAUGAGUUACCGACUAAAAAGCUGAUUAAUGUGGACGCACUGAAAAAGGCAUCACUGGGGCGGGUAGCCCAAUUGGGCGAAUUCUACGAUGCCCGUACCGAUAAUUUUGUCGGUAUCAAUCUGUUUGCUACACAACUGGCCAAACAAUCAAUAUCAUCGAUUGAGAAUGCAUUUACCGAUUUGAAGUUUACCACCGAUGACAGUCUACAAAAUAAGUUUAAUCAGCUGGACGUCGAGGCAUCGCUUAAGUUGUCGGUAUUGGGCGGUAAAGUUAAUCUGGGUGGUUCGGCCAAAUAUUUGAAAGACACGAAAUCCAGUUCAAAAAGUGCCCGAAUAUCGCUGAUUGAAUCGAUAAAUACCCGAUUCGAGUCGAUAUCGGUAUCGGACACAUCGGUCAAACAAGUGGUCAACUUUGAUGCACUGUCACAGUUUGAUGUCACUCAUGUAGUUACUGGUAUACAAUGGGGCGGUAAGAUUAUUGUAACUGUAGAGGACAGUAACCAGGCAAACGAGGACAAUUUGAAUGUACAGGGUAGGCUGCAUGCGGAAGUACAGUACGGUAUGACCAAAAUUACUGGUGAAGCCAAAGUCAACUAUACAGAUGAUUCAUUUAGCAAAAUUAGCAAGUACAGUUUCAAUUUGUUCGGCGAUAUACUACCCGAUAGGGUACCCGAAAAUAUUAUUGACGCCCUAUUGUUUAUGAAUAAUACUCCGAGUCUACUGAAACAGGGAAACGAUGGUAGGGGUAAACAGAUUUUCUUUAUGUUGACACCAGUGAAUGUGUUGCGCCAGUUAUGGGAACUGGAGAUCAAAGAGUCGGCAUUUGUUCACGAAAUUAAUGAUCAGAUUGUCGAUAGAUGUGUCCAAUUGUUUGAUGAUAUGAAUAGUAUUGAACAACAAUUGAACGAUUAUUAUACAGAUAUUUCGCAAAAAGAGGCACUAAUUAGGGAUGACGUCCUAACAGAGCUGACACACCUGAAAGGUAACUAUAGUUUAUAUCAGACAAUGACUACAAAAGUAUUGAGUAGUCUAUUGGUUGAGAUCCGAUCGGGUAAUGCAUCGGUCAGUGAAUUGGAAAACAUUUUGCUUAAAUCGUUCAACGAUUCCUAUAGUAAGGAAGCAAUGAAACUAAAGUUACAAAAAUAUAAUAUACUAAACAAUCAGCUAUUGUUGACUGGCUAUGUGGCCAACAUAAGCAGCCAAUGUAUAAUCGAUAAGCAUACUAAUUUGGAAAAAAUGCUAUUAGAAAAUCAAGAUAAAAAUGUUUACGUACUCUACUAUAACUAUGAACAUAAUACUAGACUAAUUCAGCAAGAUAAUAUGGACGCCAUUUUGUCGUAUAGGACAUUGGUUGAUAAAAAAGUUGUCGACAAUGUUUAUUGUUCAAUGAAUUAUGAGAUUGUCGAUGCUAAUAAAACAAGCAUGCUAAAUCAAUUGAACAGGGUUAACAAUCGUCUACAGUUAGGUAACAAUGACCAGGGUCAAUUAAAUAAAACGCAAGCUAAAAUUAGCCUAUAUAAACAUGGUAAGCUUAUCAAUGAAAAUAUAUUGCCAAUCGACGGCAGCAACGGUUUUAUCUAUGUCUGCGGCGGUUACGAUGGCCAACAGUUUUUCGGUAAUUGUCAUCGAUUUGACAUUUUGCUGAACACUUGGUCGACGGACACGGAGGUCGACACUAUGCUACAUAAGCGACACUAUUUGAAAUUACUUGAGUUUAAUAACAUGUUGUACGCUAUUGGCGGUAGAGAUCAAAACAGUACUAAUUGGGUUGAAAAUUACGAUACUAUCACUAAAGUAUGGCGAAUAGCAUCAUCGUUAAACAUGCGUAGAGACGGUUUGGGCGCUGCUGUCAUCAAUAACACUAUCUAUGUUUGCGGCGGUUUAUGCUAUGAUAGCGAUCAAAAGUAUAGAAGUAUCAAUUCGUGUGAAUACUAUACACCCGAAGCCAAUGAAUGGAUGUUUAGUAACCCUAUGUCUGUCGCACGUGAUUUCCUUGAGCUCGUGGCGCACGACAACUGUCUAUACGCUAUCGGCGGCUCUAAUAAUAAUAAUUUUGUCCAAUCGGUCGAAAAAUAUGAUCCCAUAAGAAAAACCUGGACAGUGAUGGCCAACAUGAGUACUGUUAGAUCAUCAUUUGGUGCCGUAUCAUUUAUGGACAAAAUCUAUGUGUGCGGCGGUCGGGUAGAUGAUGGCGACCAAAGUUUAAACACUUGCGAGGCCUACGAUUCGCAGGAAAAUAAAUGGUCGCCAAUUGCAUCGAUGCAAGUGUCCAGAGCUGAGCUACAAUUAGUGGCCUAUAAUGACAAACUUUAUGCCGUUGGCGGAACAAAUAUUAAUUCAAUGGAGAUAUACGACUAUAAAUCCAAUAGUUGGAGUUAUACUAUACCGUUACCAACAAAUGUCUGGGCAUUUGGGGCAUCAAUGUUUAAAAAAUAUUAGCACACAAAAAAUAAACACAAAAUUUUUUUGUUAUAAAUUACAUAUUGUCUAUAAAUAAUAAUGAUUAUUCGGAAAUAUAAUUUUUUUUAAGUUUUAAUAAAUAAUUAAACGAUAAAUAAUUGAUAAAUUUAUAUAAAUACUAUUUAAAAAUAUAUUGUU